AGCAACAACUCUUAUCUUCUUACAGAGAAGAGCCAUGGAGCUUCCACUUGUUCGAACCCGGCCCGGGAACCAGGGAUCCAGCGGAGCCAUUCUGGUUUUCCGAAACAUACCCGGUGUCGAACCUUCUUCCCUCGGUAUUUCUACCUUCGAAACAACUAAAGACCAAAAAUGGAGCGACGGCGGCUUCGCCUGCAUUUCCUUGGCUGAGAAGAGAGCCGAAAGGAGAGAGUUCGCGGCGACGACUUCCCAGCUCUUCAAGCACCCGCUGGCUAUGCUCGCGCUGGUGCCCAGAGAAGCCACGCUUUUCGCUGCCGGCGCCGUCGCCGGCGCCGCUGCGAAGACCGUCACCGCGCCUCUCGACCGUAUCAAGCUUCUUAUGCAGACUCAUGGGUUACGAGCAGGGCAAGAGGUUGCUAAGAAAGGAAUCGGGUUCAUUGAGGCCUUCGCAUUGAUAGGGAAGCAAGAGGGGAUCAAAGGUUACUGGAAAGGCAACCUUCCUCAGGUGAUACGCAUCAUACCUUACAGUGCAGUUCAGCUGUUUUCUUAUGAAGCCUACAAGAAACUUUUUAGGGGGAAGGAUGGGGAGCUCUCUGUUAUUGGAAGACUCUUUGCUGGUGCUUGUGCUGGGAUGACUUCGACUUUUGUAACUUACCCUCUAGAUGUCCUAAGGUUAAGAUUAGCUGUUGAGCCCGGGUAUAAGACAAUGUCAGAGGUUGCCUUCAACAUGCUAAGAGAGGAAGGAGUUGCUUCCUUUUAUAAUGGUCUUGGACCUUCUCUUAUUGGCAUAGCACCUUAUAUUGCUAUGAACUUUUGCAUUUUUGACUUGAUGAAGAAGUCUUUGCCAGAGAAGUAUCAAAAGAGAACUGAAACAUCUCUAGUAACAGCUCUGUUGUCGGCUACUCUUUCAACGCUUAUGUGCUAUCCUUUGGAUACAGUAAGAAGGCAAAUGCAAAUGAAAGGUACACCUUACGAGACAGUUUUGGAUGCUUUCCCAGGUAUAGUGUCGCGUGAUGGUUUAAUUGGAUUAUACAGGGGUUUUCUUCCCAAUGCACUGAAAAAUCUACCAAAUAGCAGCAUUCGACUUACCACCUUCGACACUGUGAAACACCUAAUAGCAGCCAGUGAGAAGGAGUACCAAAGAGUUUUGGAGGAAAGUGACAAGAAAGCAAAGCAAUGCACCACUGAUUCUACAGAAGAUUGUUGCUGAUUUUCCCCUUCAUUUUUGCCUACCUUCUUAUGCAGAGCACUCUCUUUCAUUCUUCUUCCUUCAUUUUCAUUCAUCAACCUGUCGUUUGAAAUAGCUUAGAAUUUCAUGAGAGCGAUUUACAUGGAUCAGUUUUUAUCUGUAAUAGAAUCCCUCGAGAGCCAUUAACUAAUUACCAUAGAUGCUUUCUCUAGUAUUUCAUGUAAUGCAGCCAACACCAAUCAUUUAUACUUGGAAACAAUGUAAAAAAUGUAAUUUAAAAGAAAAAUAUUCAAUGUC